AUGUGCCCAAUUUGUGAUUUGGUUGGUGAAACUGUUGGGCAUGUAUUGUGGACGUGUCCAGCUGCUGUGGAUGUUUGGGCGGAAUGUAUGAAAUUGAUACAAAAAUGCUCUUCAACUGAAGUUUCGUUUGUCCAUGUGCUGGAAAUGUUACAUGGGCGUUUGGAGGAAGAUGGGAUGCAGUUGGUGGCAGUAAUUGCAAGACUUCUCUGGCUGCGAAAGAAUAAAGUUAUUUUUGGUGGUGAUUUUCAAUCCCCUUCAACACUGCAUAAGUUGGCUCACGAACAGGUGGACUUGUUUAUGAAAACAGAGGAGGGACGGUGGGUGCAACGUCCUCAGCAAUCGAAUCCAGUGGUGCAGAGGUGGCAUACUCCUCCUGUUGGUGUUGUAAAGAUUAAUUGGGAUGCGGCUGUAGACAAAGACGGGGAAAAAAUGGGGAUAGGAAUCAUAGCCCGUGAUCAUAAUGGGCUGAUUCUUGCCGCACAGGUGGCGUCAAGACAGUAUAUUACCGAUCCUACAACGGCGGAAGCACUGGCAGCUUGGAAAAUGGCUUAA